AUGGCGAUACCAGCGACUGCCAGAAGUCCAGCAGCGACAGAGCCAACAUUCUUUGUUGCGGCCCCAGUAAAGCUUGGUCCGGAUCCAGUCUUUGACGGAGAGACGGGUGUGAUUGGAGAGCCGGAGGCUGCACCCGAUCCUGAGCCUGAGCCUGAGCCUGAGCCUGAGCCUGAGCCUGAGCCUGAGCCUGAGCCUGAGCCUGAGCCUGAGCCUGAGCCUGAGCCUGAUCCUGAGCUCGAGCCCGAGCCUGCGGUGCCGGUUGCGAAGGGGCCCGAUGCGCCGGUUCCAGUUGCAAGUCCAGUAGCGCCAGCUACGCCACUAGUGCUGUCGACGAGAGUCAGUCGAAGAGCUAUUAUGGUCAACGGAUUUUGGUGUCUUACACAACAGCUGUGGUUUUUGUGCAUGAACAUUCUUUAUCAAAGCGCUGAGCUGUUGGAGCUGGCUGAUGGAGAUGCUGUGCCUGACGCAGAUGUCGAGCUUGAAGAUGAGUUAGAGCACGCUAAGAGAGUCGCUGAGUUAGCUAAUGAUCGAUGA